GGCUUAUGGGCGCACCAGAACCAAUACUACCAAGCGACUUAGAUUACGCUGCCGCCAGAAUGCCGACUUUAGGGACUGGUGUGGAGAUGUCGGGUUUAGGUUGUUUGACGAAGUCGGUAGUAUAAAAAGUCUACUCAAUCCUUCACAGAAACGCCGAACAGGCAACAGGUCCAGUAAAGAGCCGCAGGUACACCGCAGUCUUUGUCUAAAGGCCCCUCUCUCAUCUGGUCUCGAUUCGAGUUCCGGUUUCCAACUUCUCGCAUUCCUUUCUGCACCUCAAUAGUUCCUCAUCCACAGAUCUCCAAACAUGCGAUACUCAACCCUACUCCCGGCUCUGUUAGCCAUACCCUCGACUCUUGCAAGACCGGCCCAACCCGAAAUUGCCAACACCACAACUUUACCCACUCACUUCGGUCUACUCACAUUCCCACACUUCCAAGCUCUCGACAUAUUCGGCCCCAUGGACCUCCUUAAUUCGCUCUUCAUGUACUACCGAAACACAUCCAUCGUGCCGCAGUUCACAGUCUUCAGCAAGACCAUGGAUCCAGUGACGUCGGCCAUGACACCUGGAGGCUUUGGGCAAGAGAUCAUGCCAACCAUGACUUUCUCAGACUAUUUGGAUGGGCCUUCUCUAACAGAUAAGGGGGAGAUCGACGUCCUCAUCGUUCCUGGUGGCGGAGGUACUCGUAGGGACAUGACUGAAGAGAUCAAUUUCGUCAAGGCUACUUACCCAACGCUCAAAUACAUAAUCUCCGUCUGCACCGGUGCAACGCUCCUCUCCCGCGCAGGUAUCCUCGACGGCCGCAAGGCAACCACAAACAAGGCUGCCUGGCCAUGGGCUACAUCGACCGGGCCCAAUGUAAAUUGGGUGCCUACUGCGCGUUGGGUCGAAGACGGCAACAUCAUCUCGACCAGUGGGGUUUCUGCGGGUAUCGAUGGAACGUAUGCGUUUGUCAGUCGCGUGUAUGGCGAGGAGGUUGCGCAUUUCUUGAGUUUGGCGUUGGAGUACAACCGUGAGACGGAUGCGCAUCAUGAUCCUUUUGGUAAAAUUUGGGAUGUGCCGGGUGCUACUUAAAUUUCUAAAUCUUGUAAGCGGGAUUGGGUAGUGGUGGGAUGAGAUCAUGGUGUAUGGGUAGACGUGAUAGGCUGGGUCAGCCGCAGUGCAUAUGCAUGUGUCUGCACGGCCUACGUACUCUCAGCCUUUUCGACAACGACACUCUUGACCCGCC